UUUUGCGAAGUCAUUUUUAAAACGCUUUGGCGGCUGCCGGACUGUACUCUGUCGGUUCGGAAAGGAGGCAGUAUGACUAUGUAAGAAAAUGGGACGAGUUGAUCAGGGUUAGCGGCCAGGCUGGUGUGCUAACUGUGGAUUCUGGACGAAGAGCUGCUCGAAACCCGCUACGACAACAAUGGCAAGCAGUGAGGAGCCGACUGUGAUCAAGGUGGAAAACCCCUGGAAAAAUGCUGCCUUCCUGAAGUACAUACCAUACUUGGUGGACCAUUUAAGCUGCCGGACCAUUCGCUUGGCAUGCGUUGCAAAGGGGCUCAUCAGUAGUACUGAGAAAACUAAGCUCAUGAAUAUUGAAGACCCAAAUGCACACAACGAUGACCUUGUAGAUAUGCUUUGCCGGGGAGAUGCAUCAUCCUUCCACUCAUUUCUUGAAAUCAUCCGUGAUAAUGAGCCCAAAGGCAACUUCCGUGAGUUCCUUCAUGACAUGAAGGCCGUUGACAAAGUGGCUGAGUCGAAGCGGCUUCUAGACAGAAAGCAGAUGGAUGGAUACAUGCAAGGUUUCAACUCGCCGCAGAGGGGACGAGCAUUGGGCUUUGCCCAAGGCAUUCACAAGGGGGCAAACCAGAUCAACGACAAGACCACUGGAAAGCCGAGACUCAUCCAUCUUCCAAACCGCCCGCAGGCCAGCGUUGUCACUGCUUUUCUCAAAGAUAGAAUGAGCGCUGGUGAUCGGGAAGUUCUCGACAAUGAAAUCGAGCGCGUCAACGCCCAUGCUGAGAUUGUGGAGAAAGGCGUGGCUAGUCUUGUGUCUGCUGGUCAGCUGGGAGGCUCCAUCAAGAGGCCAGGCGAUGAAGAAGCAACAAAGUCUCCCGAAGCCAUAAAGCAGGAACUUAGAAAUCGCCAUUGCUACGUGGACGUUAGCGGCUCAUUCGAGCAGAGCAAGCGGUACCUCAGUGACAUUGGCUACAUCGACGGAAACUCGACAGUCACUGAGGUGCUCUGCCCACAGGUCGUGUGGAAGCAAGCGCUAUUAAUCCGCGGGAGCAGCAUGAUUGAAGAACGAGACAAAAACUCCUGUUUGGUCAAACUUAUCAUUGACGUGGUGGAUGAGAUGUCCGAGGCUCACACCGACGCCAUCGUCGGCAAGGUGAUGGUUCGACUCGGCGAGCUGCUGGGUGAGAAGAUCUCCUGGCACAGGGUGCAUCGCGAGCGAGGCGGUGCCGCCGUGAUUGCCCAGAUGUCGGGCCGGGCCAAGGGCGAACUGUACGCCAUCUGCAGGGACCACCCCGGCAUCAUGCCGGGAAUAUCCAUCACGGAUGUGCUGCCGGUGGACGGUGAUGUUGUGCUGAGUAUGAGGCCGCCAAGCCAACAGAAUGAUAGCCAAAAAACAGCCAGUGGUGUAGAGAACGAUGAGGAGUCACGGGGCAAUCUUGCCAAGGAUCUGGGAAAGGCAUGCCCCGCGGCUGAACACAAGUGUCAAGACAUCCACAAAGAGCACGACUAUGAGUAUGCAACCAUGAAGAGUGCGCAAAUCAUGUUCAACACGGACGUCAGCUUCAGGACGGUGGCGAAUAUUGUGCAUGGUGCUGACAGCCGUCUUCGACGGCCAGCUGCAGACCAAGGCAAGCCCAGGAAGACUCUGUUCAAGCCGAAGAGCAGACAGUGGCAGCAUCUAGGCCGUCUUCCAGACAACCUCAGAAGUUGUAGACACUUUGCCGUCGACUCCAGUGACAACCUGUAUGCGCUUGCAGGUGGCGGCGACUCCUCGCUACUGUACAGCGUGCGUGUGGACGAGCUGAGUUCCACGGUGUUGCAUGAGCACUGUCACGAGGGCACCCACAGCAUUCACGGGUACGAGGGACGGCUGUGCAGCCUGGUUGUCGCCGGCACUGCGAUGACGGUCCUCGACCAGAGAGGAAUGAUGGUGGGACCGGAGCAUCGUCUACCGGACGAUGCACAGGGUCUGAACCUGCACCUGGACAGUGCCGGCUCACGCCUGAUCAUCGCUGGUACGUACAUGAUGAACGGAGUGCAGCAUCUGGCACUGUACAGUUGUGAUCUGAGCAAGGGAGCGGACAGCCACUGGCAGACCUGGAGAAGCAAAGACCUACACGGCGAUCCACAAUGGAUAGUGUGCGGCUCCGGGUUACCCGUCUUCUGUUGCCUCGAAACCCACGACCUCCGGUCUACUACGGUGGAGUAUCUUGACAUCGGAAAGGGUGAUGCGGGCCGUGAUAGUUGGCGCCGCGUUAGCAUUGCCACCAUGCCGAAUACGGCCAAGGCAGCAUUUGCUCUUGACGAGCAGCUGCUGUUCAUUGGCAUAGCGGAGCAUCCCGGUCCUCAACUCGAAUACGACGUCACCUGCCUGGAUUGGAGUGCGGACGAUCUUGGGUUGCGCCGGAGUGCCAUCUCGUUUCCACCCUUGAAGCAGCUGCCAGGACUCGGCAGAGUACUGCGUGCUGGCGAUCGUAUCAUCUGCUUCGACAGCGCACUGUCUGAGGGCCAGGCGAGCGAUGUCUACAGUCUGCACUUGCAACGAGUCUACAUGUAAGGCCGAUAACAGUUGCUGUAAGCCUUGAUGGAACGUUUAACGGUUUCCAUCGCUGGGCGCGUGCAACGUUUUGCGACUCUGCCAUCACACAUCCGUCUCUUACAUCUCUUGUAACUUGUUAGAGGAGAGAAGGGGGAAUAGCACGCGCACUAGCAAUGCUUCUAAAGUUUACCAUAGAUUUUUCUUGUUAAACGAUAAACUCUUUUUUUCUUUUGUUCCUUUUUUCUUUUUCCUAUGUUCACAUUCCCAGCUCGAAAAUAAUAAAGAAAGACAAUGGUCCUGAGACUUUUUGCCAUGUUAGAGAUUAAACUUGUACAGUAGUUUGUUUAAUGGACCUAAUCCAGAACGCAUCCCAGUCCUUUCAAUAUUGUUUUUCCCAGGUGGCAUAUGGAUUGAAGUACAUAAGUUUUGCUCACAAACUGGACGGUUAUCCGCUGGAACGGAUUCAGAACACGCACAACCUCCUCAAACUAAUGAAUUUUAAAUUAUUUCACAAAGCAUACAUGUUUUAAAGUCGAUUUGUUCCCAAACAACACUACCACCAUUCACACACUGUAACUCGCACCCAGCCAAACUAACGUCCUCACCCUUUCAAGUCUCUAUUCACUCCUAUACAGCUCUUUGUCAGCGGGAUGUUCUCAAGAACAGCAUGGCUGAUCUACCAUCGAUUGCGGCGCUUGAAA